AUGGCUGGCCGUUAUAAUGAAAAUCCUUUUGCAGAAGAAGCUAACGUGAAUCCAUUCGCGAAUGGAAGUUCCGCUCGUGGUUCGACAGUCGAUAUUCCUCUUGAUAGUGAAAAGGAUUUGAAGAAGAAAGAGAAGGAACUACAAGCUAAAGAGGCUGAUCUGAGAAGAAGAGAACAGGAAGUGAGAAGGAGAGAAGAAGCUUUAGCAGGAGCUAGUGUUGUUUUAGAGCAACGUAAUUGGCCGCCAUUCCUCCCAAUCAUUCAUCAUGAUAUUGCCAAUGAAAUUCCAAUCCAUCUUCAAAAGAUGCAGUAUGUUGCAUUCACUACAUUGUUGGGUUUGGCGGGUUGUACUGUAUGGAACUGUAUGGCAACCACCUGUGUUUGGAUCAAAGGAGGAGAUUUUGGCCCUUGGUUUUUCUCUCUUGCCUACUUGUUAGGCGUUCCAUCAGCCUACUUUUUGUGGUAUCGUCCUCUUUAUCGCGCAAUGAGGACUGAUAGCGCGCUGAAUUUUGGAUGGUUUUUCGUUUGUUAUGCGAUUCACGUUGUAUUCUGCGUCUUAGCCGCGGUGGCACCUCCAUUCGUCUUCAGGCAGAAUUCCAUGACUGGUUUCUUGAAUGCAAUUACUCUUAUAGGGUGGAAUUCGAUAGUUGGGAUAUUAUACUUCAUUGGUGCUGGAUUCUUUACUCUUGAAUCAGUGAUCAGCAUAUGUGUUAUUCAGCAAGUGUUCUCGUAUUUCCGAGGUAGUGGUCAAGCCGCGGAGAUGAAGAAACAGGCUGCAAGAUCAGUGGUUACCGCAGCAAUGUGA